AUGGCACAGGCGCAAUGGCAGGGGACAGCCAAUGUCAAAGGCUCCAGCGAGUCUAUGCGCAUGCUGCUACUGACAUUCAGCUUGAUUGGCUUGCAGUAUGUUUACGCGUUGUUGAAGAAGCUCGUGUUCUUGAUGAUUGACAAUUCCGGCAGAUUCACCUGGGGCACUGAGAUGACCUAUUGUACUCCAUAUCUAUUACAACUCGGUCUUACCAAGAGCAAACUAUCGCUUGUUUGGAUAGCUGGACCCCUGUCAGGAUUGAUCAUGCAACCGAUUGUAGGCAUCAUGGCCGACAAGAGCACUUCCAAAUGGGGUCGGCGACGACCAGUCAUGGUUGGUGGUACUGUCAUCGUGAGCAUUUGUCUACUGAUUCUGGGCUGGACCAAGGAGAUUGUUGCUGCAUUCGUCGAAGAAGGAGAGCUGGUUGGUCAAUCCCGAGCGCCAUAUACGAUUGCGAGAACCGUAUCCUGA